AUGACCAACGGGUGUAUCCUCCAAACCUUGCUCCUUCUGUGCUUUUCUACCACAGCCCUCUCCAUCAGCUACAAGGCGCUUCGACUCUAUCAAAGCAGCGGCAGUGUGACAUGCCAGGAGCUCCUGUUACAGCUGAAUAUAAGGCCCUGCCUUGAGGACAGGAUUAACUUUAAGCUCCCUGAGAAAAUUAAGCACCAACAGCAGUUCAAGAAGAAGGAUGCUGCCUUCCUCAUCCAUGAGAUGCUCCAGAAUAUCUUCUCUGUCUUUACAAAUGAUUUCUCCAGCACUGGCACUGGGUGGAAUAAGACCAUUGUUGAGAACCUCUUUGGUGAACUCCAUAAACAGAUGGACCGUCUGGAGACAAUCCUGAAGGAAAAACCAGAAGAGAGCUUAGCCUGGAGAAACUCCAUGGCCAUUCUCCAUUUGAAGAGCUAUUAUCGGAGACUGCAAAGGUACCUGAAAGACAAGGAGUACAGCAGCUGUGCCUGGAUGGUGGUCCGAGCAGAAAUCAUGAGGAACUUUCCCAUCAUUAGCAAACUUACUGAUUGCUUUCAGAACUGA